AUGAAGGAGCAAGAGGAACACUUGAGAAUUGUGUUGCAAAUCUUAAAGGAGCAGAAAUUGUAUGCUAAGUUGUUCAAGUGUGAAUUCUGGAAGGAGGAAGUAAAGUUCCUAGGUCAUGUGGUAAGCAAAGAAGGAAUAAUCGUGGAUCCUUCGAAAGUUGAGGCGGUGAUGGAAUGGGAAAGACCAACGAUGGUGACGGAAGUCAGAAGAUUCUUGGGCUUAGCCAGAUAUUACCGGAGAUUCAUUGAAAGAUUUUCCCGGAUUGCACUACCGAUGACUAAGUUGACAAGGAAGGAGGUGCCGUUUGUGUGGAUGUCGGAGUGUGAGAAAAGUGUAUAUUGGGCCAAAAUUCAGCCUUAG